GACUGCUCAGCCAGGAGCCUGAGCUCACAAAUCCAACCUCAAAGAAAGAACAGAACAGAACAGGACGCUGCACACUUCUGCAACAGGAAAAUAUACAACAUUUAAAGCAGAAUCUCAACAGUUUUUGGAGAACGGCAGCAAUGAAGACAACACUAGCAACUCUGACUCUCUGCCUGGUGGUGCUCAUGGCCACAGGUUUCCCUCUGGAGAAGAAAGGGGGUUCAUCCUCCAGCAGUUCAGCCAAGGAGAAGCGUGUACAGUACGCGGCGUGGGAUGAUGUGAAUGUCAUUGCUCAUGGCCUGCUGCAGCUGGGUCAGGGGCUGAAGGAGCAUGUGGACAAAACCAAAGUCCAGAUGAGGGACAUUUCCACCAAGCUGAAGGUCUUUAACCGCACGGUGACCGACCUGGGGAAGGAGAGCCAGAAGCUGCGAGUGGAGGGGGAGGCCCUGAAGGCUCGAGCCCACGGGCUAGAGGACAGAGAGGGGCGGCUGCUCAAUGUCACUGCCGAGCUGAGGGAGAAGGCGGAGGAGAUGCAGCAGGAGAGGAGGACGAUAAGCGAGAGGAUGAGCCGGCUGGAGGAGAGGGUGGACAGCAUGCUGCAGGGAGACGUCGUGCUGCUUGACACCAACGCUGGUGCCAAGAACAACAGUGAUGCUCGCAACAUCCAGCUGAUGCUGGAGGCUCAGAACAAACGCAUCGACGAUCUGAUGGAGAGGAUCAGACUUCAGCAGGAGAAGCUCGACAAGCAGAAUGUGCGCAUCAGGACGCUGCAGAGUCAGGUCCAACAGUCUCGACAGAGAGUGUCCACGCGGAGCAGCAACACUGAUCUGGAAAGUGGCGUCGCCGAGCAACGCGACUCACCAGUCGAGAUGGCAUCAGACUGUCAUGAGCUGUUCCUGAGAGGAGACACCACAAGCGGCGUCUACACCAUCCAGCCAGUAAACGCAGAGCCCUUUAAAGUCUUCUGUGAGAUGAAAACUGAUGGCGGAUGGACGGUGAUCCAAAGGCGCCAAGACGGCUCAGUGGACUUUGACCAGCAAUGGCAGGCCUACAAGGAAGGCUUUGGCGGCCUGAAUGGCGAGUUCUGGUUGGGGUUAGAAAAGAUCCACUCCAUCGCUAAAGAUGGCGGUUACAUCCUCAACAUGAAGCUCGCUGACUGGGGUAGUGACGUUGCAACUGUCCGCCUCCCCUUCCAACUUGGCGGAGAGGAAACCAAGUACUCGCUUAAGAUUCAGAAAGGUGGCGAAUUAAGCCCCUUGGAGAGAUCCCUGGGGACUGACGCCGCCUCCGGCCUGCCGUUUUCCACCAGCGACCAAGACAACGACCGGAAAAACGACACCAACUGCGCCAAGCACCUCUCUGGUGGCUGGUGGUUCAGCAACUGCGGUCGCUCCAACCUGAACGGUAGAUACUUCCAGAGCCCUCCUCCCAAGCAGCGGCACCAGAGGAAGCAGAGCAUCUUCUGGAAGACCUGGAAGGGCCGCUACUACCCUCUGAAGUCCAGCACGAUGAUGAUCGCCCCCGCUGCCGUCGUAAACAAGUCCUAAAGAAUAGAAACAGACAGAAAGAAAAUGUUGAGACAAAGAGAAAGAGGAGGAAGAAGUACAUUUUUGGAUUCUUUCUUUUCUUGGUGCUUAAUUGAUGAGGUUUCUCUGGUUGUCUCCCUGCAAGGAAGACUUUAAACCAGAGCCAAAGGCCCUCAAAAUAGAAGCAAAAAGAACUCAUGUUAAAUGAGUUCCAGGUUUCCACCGCUCUGUUCUCCGAGAUUCCUCCCCGGCACCUAGAGCCAACAGAUGGAAAAAGAGACACAAAUAAAACAUGCAGUGGAAAGUUUCUCAUAAGUUUCAUAUGCAAAACGAUCCCUUCUGUUGGCACGAAGCAGGGGCCCCUAGUCAGGAGAAAAUCACAGGGCGAGUCCCGGCCCGUCCACUGUGCCGUAAGCCAUAAAGGAUCUCCAACAAGUAGAGACGCAUCACCCGACAUGUGGUGUCAACUGUGUAUGUGAGCUGUUGUUGGGUUUGAAUGUGAUUUUGUGGCAAGUAAACAGCAGCGUAAGCUCAAUAACAGAUCGGCGUGGAACGCAGGCCGAUUAUUUAAACCCAAUGGUGUGGACCAAAUCCUGACUUAAUUAAAACAAAGAGUCAUUUUCCACAUGAGCAUGAUGAGAUUGGUGUUCAAAAGCAUUAUGUAAAGUUAUAAAUCACUGUAAACUAGUAACUGUGUUCAGACUGAUGUUCGUGGGGCAUUGAAAACCAUUCCAGCCUUUUGUACAAUACAUUUUCUGUCUGCAAUUUUGAAUCAAAUUAAGCAUAUUUCUUCACCGAUGUUAAUUUUUCUGUGGAGACUUCGAUGAUGUUAAGUCAUAUUGACUUAUUUUAAUACGAGAGGCAUGGUUUUGUACAUUGUGUAUGAAGGAAUGUCAUCUGUCUUUUCAGAACUGUGACUGAUUUGUUGUGAUCUGUUGUCCUCGUGACUUGAGAGUUUGCUAUUGUAGAUGUUCCCUUUCCUUAUUUAAAUGCUAAAGAAUCAUUAUAUAUGAUAUAUAUGUAUAUAUAUAUGUUUCUGGUGCUGCCUGUUUGUAAUUUAUAUUGUCUUUGUCGUGUUUACCAGAUGUAAAACUGUUUUUUUAAGAGACUUUAACCUUUUUGGGGGCCAUAGUGAGCCAAUAAAAUUGAUUUAAACUAA